AUGGCCUAAUGAAUGGAAGCUUCUGAUCGGAAGUCAAAAGGGAUUAAUGUUUUUUUGUUAUCAAAAUAAAAAGCUUCGAUGUCGUAACUAUUGAACUUUGAAAAAAGAAGGUUGUGAUUGACAAAAGUAAUUGAAAAGUUGAAGACAUGACAUCGAUUCAUUUUGCUGUGCUUGAUAUUGGAACAACAUCAGUUCGAUGUUAUGUUUACAAUCAAAAGUUUGAAGUCAUUUCGACAGCAUCAAGAGAAAUUAAGAUUUUAUUGCCACAACAUGGACACAUUGAGAUUGAACCAGAAGAAUUGUUUAAAGAUGUCGUCGAUGUAAUUAAAGAAGCUGUGAAUAGUUCGGGUGUUUCAUUUGAAAAUAUAACUUUGGGAAUUUCAACACAACGAUCAACAUUCACCACUUGGAGCAAGUCGACUGGAAAAGUCUUUCACAAUUUUAUAACGUGGAAAGAUAUUCGCGCUGAUUACAUCGUGAAGCAAUGGAACAACAGCUGGAAGUUGAAAGGAUUAAACUUCAGUGCGAGCAUGAUUUACAGUGUCACGAGAGCAAAUCGAUUUCUUGCUGGUUCUGUGUUAAAGUUAAUGAACAAUCAACUGACUCCAAGACUUUUAUGGGUAAUUAAUAACAAUCAGAAACUUAACGAAGCUGUCAAACAACAAGAUGCUGUGUUUGGAACAAUAGAUUCAUUUCUUCUCUUUCGACUCAAGCAAGGAAAGGAAUUUAAGCCUUUUGAACAUAUUAGUGAAGUGACAAAUUGCACAGCAACGGGACUUUACGAUCCUUUCACUCUUGGUUGGUCAGCUUUGAUAGCAAUGUUUAAUCUGAAACUUCACAUGUUCCCAAAAGUUGUUGACAAUUCUUACAACUUUGGCGACGUCGAUAAGUCACAUUUCGGUAUUCCUGUGAAGAUUGUUGGCAUAAUGGGCGAUCAACCUGCUUCAAUGUUUGGAAAUUGUUGCUUUGAUGAUGGCGAUGCAAAAGUUACUUUGGGUACUGGAACAUUUUUCGACAUAAACACAUCGAAGAAAUGUCAUGCAUCAAUAUUGGGAUUUUAUCCACUCGUUUCAUGGAUUCUACGAGAUGGUGAAGCAAACUAUUCUGUUGAAGGCUCGUCUUAUGAUACGGCGACGAUAAUUAAUUGGGGAAAAUCGAUUGGACUGUUUAACGAUCCUAAAGAAACUUCAGAUAUGGCAGAAAGUGUUGAAGAUUCACAAAAUGUUUUCUUUAUUCCUGCAUUUUCUGGUCUUACGGCACCUGUCAAUGAUUUUCGAGCAGCUGCAGGGUUUAUCGGAAUUUCAGCUGACACUACAAGGCAUCAUCUUGUUCGAGCACUAUUAGAAUCAAUUGUUUUCAGAGUCGCUCAACUUCUCAAAGCUUCGAUGAAGGAGACUGAAUAUAAAAUAAGACGACUGAGAGUUGAUGGUGGAGUAUCUAACAACGAUUUCAUUUGUCAAACUCUUUCUGAUAUUUGUGAUAUUACUGUCGAAAGAAGCAGCGAUACGGAAAAUACAAGUUUAGGCAUUGCUUUUCUCUGUGCUUAUAAUUUGAAAUUUGCAACUAUUGACGAGUUGAAGAAAUGCUACAAACCAGGAAAAACUUUCACUCCACGUUUAGCUUCACAAGCAAAAUUAGUUGCAACGAUGGAAAGGUGGGAAGAGGCUAUUGAGAGAUUUAAACAUUGGUAUUAA